AUGUCGAGAUCGUUCACCGGCUGCACAAGAUGUAAAGCAAGGCGCCAAAAAUGCGACGAGCAACGACCAAAAUGUGGCCGCUGCCAGACCGCAGGCGUGCAGUGCAAAUAUGCUAUGCAGCUGCAGUGGGGAGGCCGCGCAUUUUCUCGAUCGCGAUUCGGCGCCUGCGUCGACACCGGCAACAUGCAGAGAUUGGAAUACUCCCCAGGUGAAUUUAUAUACACCACCAAGGCUGGCGAGCGCAAAGGCAAGCCCGGCCCCGAACUGUCCCUCAUACAAUCCGUCGAUCCUUUCUCCUCCUUAUCAUCGGAACAAAAGGCUCUUUUACACCAUUUCAUCAACGAUGCCUCCCAAGCGACAGCAUGUCACUCGGGCAUGCAGCAGGAUAUUUGCCGGAUGCUUGUCCCUAUGGCCCUUCAGACACCGUCUCUCCUCUACGCCACCACAGCCCUCUCCGCUAUCCAUCUCCAAGCCCUCCAAAAUCCCACUGGAAGCAUUAAAUCAGCCCCAGAUAUCGCCCGGUCCAUGGCUUUAAGCCUUGAGCAUUUCCGUAAAGAACUGCAGAAUCCGUCUGCGCACGGCUCAGAGGCGUUGGUGGCGACUGCGCGAACCCUCUGUCUCGCAGAGAUCCAUUCCGGUGCCAUCCACCCAAAUUCAUGGCGAGCACAUAUCGAGGGUGCGAGGGCCUUAAUGAAAGCCACUGACAGUGGUGAAAACGCUACGGGCUCUGCGAACGGGUUCCGUCGGUAUUUAGAUAGAUGGUACUGGUCCAUCGUGUCGUUGACUGCGUUAACGGGUAACGGGCCCCCUAUCGGUGAAUCUGCGGACCCAGGGUCCGCAGAUUUAGCUGGACGAAAUGACUCACCGGAUUAUUUGGAUGACUACUGGGGCUUCACGGUCAAUUUAGCUGCGGUAUUCCGCCAGAUUGGCGCGGCCGCGUGGCGGAAUACCGAAGCCGCGAAGAAUGCACAGGGGUUCGUCGAGGGUGAAAUAGAUAGCAAUGUGGAAGACGAGGCCGCAUUGCUUGAGAUGUCUGUCCGGCAACUCAUGGACCGAGACGCCAGCUCACAGCCUUCGCUUUACCCGGGGGUUGCAGAGGGGCUGACGGCCGAGAGCGUGCAGCAGCUUGCGCUCUGCAAUGAGGCAUUUCAGCAUAGUGCACUUAUUCAAAUCAAUAGGAGGCUUCGAAGAGAGCCGGCUACAUCGGCUAUCAUUCAGCAGUCUGUUCAGCGGAUUCUGGAGUGUACGGCGCAGAUUGGGCCAUCAGCUGGCCUCAGUCCAUGGGUUCUGUUGACGACCCCGUUGUUCAUAGCGGGAUGCGAGGCGCGAGGCAAAGAUCGUGAUACUGUUAGAAGCUUAUUAUCAUCUUUGCAUGAUACGAUUCACAUUCCGAAUGUGCUGCAAACUCUGAAAUUCCUCGAGCAGUACUGGGCCAACCAGUUAAGCGAGGAUGAAGAUUGGAGUCAUUUCCUUGAUCGUAUGAAUUUCGAUUUCAUACCUUACUAG